UUCCACUCCAUGAACAAAUACAAUCACACAACUUCUCCCAUUCCAUCAGAAGAUUUAAUCCAAAAUGUGGACAAAAGUGAUUUUUCAUCUUUAUGGUCAUCGUUUGGUGAAGGAUGAACACCACAAACUGAUCCGCCACACACGCGGCAGUAGAUCAUUUGUUGCUACCAACAAAAUCCAAGGCAGAGGAAUCAUGUGGAACAGGAUCUAUCCAUCGAAUAAGUAUGGUAUGGUAGGUUGUGGAAGUAUCCAUCACCCACAGCCAAAGGAUCUGCGCAAUCUUGAACCGAGAACCCUAAUCAGUCAUCAGCAAAUCCCUGUGAUGGCUCCAGAGGCUUGGCUGAUAGAUGAGAGUGAUGAGGACCAGAGGCUCCCUCACCACAGGAACCCUAAGGAGUUUGUAUCCCUGAGCAAGCUUCAAGAAAUUGGGGUUCUUUACUGGCAUUUGGAUCCCAAAAACUAUGAGAGCAGUGAAGAAUUGAAGAAAAUUCGGGAAGACAGAGGAUACAACUACAUGGACCUUCUUGAGUUAUGUCCUGGAAAAGUUGAGAACUAUGAAGAGAAGUUGAAGAACUUCUAUAGAGAACACAUCCAUGCCGAUGAAGAGAUCCGCUAUUGUUUGGAGGGCAGUGGGUAUUUUGAUGUUCGUGACAAAGACGACACCUGGAUAAGGAUUUGGAUCAAAGAGGGCGACAUGAUUGUCUUACCAGCUGGAAUCUAUCAUCGGUUCACAUUAGACACUUCAAACUAUGUGAAGCUGAUGAGAUUGUUCAUUGGAGAACCUGUUUGGGCAGCUUACAACCGCCCUCAGGAGGACCAUCCAGCCAGGCAAGUCUAUAUCAAGACAUUGGAGAGCUCUGGAGUUGCUGUGAAGGCUCAUUAAGGUGUAACUUACUUUUCAACUUGAUUACCUAUGGAAUUGCCAUGGUAUAGGAUCUUAAAAUCGGUGUGUUAUAACCUAUUUGUAUUUUGGUGACUGAUAUAUGUAUUCCUGAAACUACUUAUGCAUAAGGAGAAUAAGGUAACCGGGACGGUGCCCAAUACAUGUAAUUUUUGUUGACAACUUAGAAUGUAAUUUUGGAAUAUUCGAUGCAGUGAAAGUAAAGUUAAAAAAGAAAAAAAUCUAUGCCCAGUUACCUGCUUA